UUCUUAUAAAAAAACAACAAGAUAGCCAUAUUUCCCACCGCUUUAUUAGGUCGUAAAUGUCACAAACAAGAGAGUCUGGAGCUGUUGUUUUCCCAGGAGUAUUUCGGGUACACUCGGAAACCUUCGGUCAUUUCCGGACUCGGCCCCCGGUUCUGGAAGGCAGAGGGAGUUGCGGUAGCUCGCGCAGCGCGAGCCAACGCAGUCAGGCGAGCAGGCGUCGGGCGCACCUGGUCGGAAGUUCCGGUGUGCGAGUUGGAGUUGGAGUUUGAGGAAGCCGACGACCUGACGCAAGCUCCCGGGGCACUGGCUCGAGGAAUGCGCGCCGCAUUCCUGUAGAGGAGGAGAAAGUUGUCAAAACGAGCCGAAAGCGACGAGGACGAGCCAGUCAAAGCGAGCAUGGCCACCGGCGGCUUCAAGUCGAGCGCCACCACCGACUUCCUGGAGGAAUGGAAGGCCAAGCGGGAGAAAAUGAGAGCCAAAAUGCUCGGAGACAUCGCCGCCGCCUCCGGAGCCGCCGGCGGCAGUAGCGGCGGGGGCGAAACGCAGCACCCGGCGGGCCACCUGAAGGGCGACUCGGCGGACGGCGACGAGCCGGACGGGGAAAGCCCGUCGCCCGGCAAGAGCAAGGACAAGAAGAGCAGCGGGCCCAGCGCCAGGAAGGGCAAAGGGCAGAUUGAGAAGAGGAAGCUGAGGGAGAAGAGGAGGUCGACGGGGGUCGUCAGCAUGCCGUCCAAUGAGAGCUUGGAUGAACUCGAGGAUGACGACGGUGCCGAAAAAGACGAGCAGGAGGAGCAGCUGGUCCUGGCCAACACCUUCCAGAACGAGACCAUGACGGCGGACCCGGCCACUGGACUCGUUGCGGGACGAUCUGUGAACAGCCGCACCAAAAGCUGCAGCAGCUUGGGCGAGGAGAGUCGGCAUCGCCACAACCGCCACGUGAGAGAUGCCACGCCUGGAAGUCUGGAGAAGAGGCUGGAGGAGCUGGAGCAGGAGCUGGCCUGCGAGCGACAGGAGAAGGGCAGGUUGCUGAAGGCCCAGCAGGACAAAGACGACCUCAUUGACAAGCUCAAAGAGGAGAUGGACCUGCUCUACCGGGACCUGGACGACAUCGAAGACGAGAACGAGCAGCUGAAGCAGGAGAACAAAACUCUGCUCAAGGUGGUGGGUCAGCUGACCAGGUAGAAGCCGCUUCAACCCACCGUCAUCAGCGUGUGCAUAUUUAAUGUAAAUGUUUUUGUAUAUAAGUACCGUUUAGAUGGACAGGACUGUAUUAUUGUUUAAAAAGAAAUUCCCGCGUCUAGUACAGCUGCUUUUUAAGGACCGCUUCGCUAUGCCUCGGUGGGUCACUCAUAUCAUUUUUUACGCUUUGCACAUUUCAGUGUUUUUUUUUUGGGGGGUGGGGGGUAAAUCAUCAACAAUGUCAGGUCAUUUGAAUUGAAGAUUUGUGUCUUUGGUUCACGCGCCUCGAAUGUGUCUCCAAUGAGCGGAGGGGCUUUGAACACGUCGUCAAAGGGAAUGAGUUCCGCGCUGCUUCUGUCUCCGUCAACCUUUUCAAACAAUCAAAAAUACCCCCCGUUUUGUUUAAGCUUUUAAAAGGCACACGAGAAGGGUGUCAAGUGUUGCAUUAUGCAUAUGUGCAGAAGAUGCAGUCGUUUAAUAAAACUUUGAUUAUCUCCCUUCA